AUGGAUCCUGGACGGAGGCUGAUGCCAACUCCUCUCGGCGGGAUCGCCAGGUCCGCACUCGUUUCCCUUGCAAUCGCCUUCCAGUGCCUUCAUGGCGAUUUCACCCUUGCCGCUGGACCGUCUCCACCACGGGUUCCAGCACGGGGCGCAUCGUUGCCCAAAACCUACAUGGCGGCGCCCCAAGUUCUCCCCUCGGGAUUCGAGCUAAUCGAGGAAGUCCCGAUCCUCGCAAAGAACAAGAUCGAGUUCCAGUUCCAGGACGGCCUGUCGCCAGUUCCCGCCGGAACCAUACUUUUCGAAUGCGACCCUGCAACCCGCGGUGAUGCCACUCUCAGAAAGCUGGUCGCCUACAUGCCAACGGACGCGAACACUCCCACCUUCACCCCUGUGUUCGACAAAGACCAUAAUGCGCCCAUCGCCUGCGGUGCGGACAUCGCCCGACAGUGCUUCGCCGUCGGAGACAAGGGCGUGUUAAGACCUCUGAAAGAUAAAGAAUCGGUUGCGGUGGGAUCCAGCACCGCUGUCUACGAACUCCUUCCUGGAAACCUCGGACGUUUUGUGUCCACGAGCCUCUCGACACUGGUGGCGCGGCGAACGGGCACGUUCCUUCUUGAGCAGCUCCUCGGGAUGUCUGUGGGCAUUUGCGAAGCCCCAUCCCCGAAUGUUCCCGUGGACUUCCCGGCGCUCACAGGCGUGGAACAAGUGGAUCCUUUCUCCCACUCGAUUUCUCCUGUUUCCUCGCUCCGGCCUGCCGCCCACUUGCCUGCGCCCUUGGUGAAAACCGGCGAGGAAGUCGAGGUCUGCACGGUUGCUCGACAAGACCUCGUCCACGACGGAGAUGACAAAGUGUUCUUGUUGCGACCGCGCUCUGAGGCCAGUACAGAGGACGGCGCCGCAUUUCCCGUCCUCGGCGGCCCGAUCGUCUGCAUGAAAUCCGAGAAGGGAGAGACCCUCGCUCACCUCGACCAGAACAUUCCCGUCGGAGGAGGCGAACUGGCAAGCGCCGCGAAUCUGCUCACUCCCGUGGCUGUUGCGGGGAAGAGUCAGCCGCCGACGUGCGAUUUGGGGCCCGAUUCGCACACCGUCGCGACGCUGCUCCUGUCGGUUUCGACGGACCCGUCGCAUCCAGUGGAGCGUGGGGCAGACGGGAAUGUCCAGAAAACCGCAUUGCACCACUUCACCGCCCCCUACGUCCCGUCUGUCAACUCGUCUGUCAUUGUGGAAAUUGCGAGUCCAGUGUCGUGGGAGCCUCAGGCGCUGAAAGCCAAGUGUAAAAUCGGCGCGUCGCUGGCCGCGCUGCAGCCGCAUCUGCUGCUGAAGUCCGAGGUGCCGCACGGUACUCCAGUUGAGUGCGAAGUUGUCCACUUGGCGGCUUUCCACUCGCAAGGGCAAUUGCUGAUGAUCGCGCCAGGGCAAAGGCCGGGCCAGGGCGCACGGCCUCUGCUCUUGCCACCCGGUUCUAUUCUGCUGAACCAGGAGGACGGCGUCCCGGAGGGAGUCUUUCAGGUGCUCGUCUACGACCUCUGGGAAGCUGACGGCCUUCGCGCAGUUCUCAAGCAGCUCUACUACCGCGGCAAGGACCUGGACGCGUCGAUUCCGGUGUAUGUCCAGACGGAGGGAUCGCGUACGGUCGCCGUCGGCUCCUUCCACAGACGCAAGCGUAUCUUCACACCUUUCAACGGGAUUGACCCGACAGAGAGAAGCAGAGACAUCGAGACAGAGGCCCCGUUUUACUACACUUCCUUCUACGGUCUCCCCGUCGAUGUUGGUUUCACCAACCUGAAAUCCGGAGUUGGAUUCUCCGUCAAGCGCACUCCUGAAGCUCUCCUUUUCCUUGAGGACCUCCUCAAAACUCCACUCGCUCCGGCUAGUCAGGCAGCCCUUGCGGAUCUCUCGCCUUUCACUCGAGAAGCAGAGGAUGUUCUCUCGCGUCUUCACCGCCUCAAGGGCCACUUUUCCCGACAAAAAUACGCUGCACAUGCCCCGGUGGUUAUCCCAAUGCUGAAUGGAGGACUGGCGGCCAUUGCGAAGCGCCUCCAGGAGGCUGAUCGGAUGUUUCUUACGGUCUACCCUCGCUCGCGAGGAACCAGGAUCUCCGACGUGCAGGUCCGUCUGAACUAUUUGGACAACUCGCAAACCGCCAUGACUGUCAUUCUCCGUCUGCCCAUGAGGCUGAACGCAUUCCUUUCCGCCACCCACCUCGCCCCACAAGUCCACCGCAAUCUGGCUCUCCUGCUCGAAGUCAUCGAAGACCCACACACGCCUCUGGAAGCCCUUCUUCUGGGCAACAGCAAAUUCGGCGUAUAUGCGGAGGCGGUCCGCAUUGCCGUCAAGCUCCUCAGGGCUGGCCACUGCAGAGCUUGUGCCGACGAUGAAAUCGAGCGGACGACGCCGUCGGCGGACGUUGCUGAAGGCCGGUGCGGCCGCUGUUCUGCCCGGCGCAUGAACGACAUUGUUAUACUCGACCUCCACGAUAUUCAGCCCUCUGCGGCGACAAUGCCGACCACUGGAACGUGGAUGAAGUGGAACGACGAGACUUUCCUCAUUAGCUUGCCUCCGGAUUCAAGCGCCCCUAUCUAUCGGCGGUACGGAAUCGAAUUCGACUUGCACACCACCCUCGAUCUUCCCAGUCGUCUGGCCACGCGCUUCAAGCAAUAUGCGGGGGCGUGCAUGCGCUCGCAUCUUCUCCGGAUGCUUGAGCCGCUGUUUGAGAAUCCAGGCCUCAACAAGAACUGCCCCGCCUUGUCGAAAUUCGCGGCCGCGCUUCUACGCGGCUUGCCAUUCUCGGAAGCAGCUCCUUUACUCGAAUCGUCGAAACUUCUGCUUCAACACGUCGUCGGCGCAUGCAACAUUCCUGAAGCCUCCUGGGCCAUUGACAAGUGCCUCGACGACGACGGAGACUUGCUCGGUUACCGCCGCAUGCCGGCUAUGCGGCCGCUCGGACGCACACGACUUGCCAACAUCAUGCGUGGGAUGAUGUCGCCAGUCUCUUCUUUGCACUUCUUGACUGCGAUGGCAACGGGAGAAGAACGCAUCCGGACUUUCCCGUCAGGUCGCCUCUCCACCACGGCUCUUGAGCUUUCCCACGACGCUCAAGCCGUGCUCCGCGGAACUGGAGACAACCCACCGCCGCUCCCUUCCUACGUGUUCGGUCCCCGAAGCCCGCUUGGCGCGGUUGCCGCUGCUGCCGACGAGCUGACUGGUCGACGAGCCAUUCUGCUCAUCUCGUCCUUCAGCGAGAAGCCGAUCAAGGUGCUCGAGGAAUUGCUUGGUCUGAACCCACGCUCCUCGACUGCGGUCCCUCCUCCGGACUCCCUACUGACAAAAUACCAGGCGCCCGUGCUUUCUUCCGUCGAUCGCACAAUUUUUGAUCGCCAGCCCCGGCAGUCGGUGCAGGACUUUAUUUCUUCCUGCUUCACGGACCUUCCCGAGAUCUGCGCGGGGGCGUACAACGCCCUAGGCUGGCCCCUCUGGAAAGUGCCAAGCGACGACAAGGAGUUGCACGCGUUCGACAAAGCCGUCAACGAGAUGCGCGUUCGCCUCAAUCGGGAACAUAUGCCAGAGCGUCUCCGCAGCGACAUCCAGCAAGCCCUGUCGGACUUUGACGCGCUUCCCGCCGAGCCCGAGCCGCCCGCACCGACACCCGAGCCGCCCGCACCGACGCCCGAUGCGAUGGCACGCGAGGCGCAUGGGCAAGAGACCCUCGAGGACAGGAAGAAGGAGACAGACGAGCACCAGGGGCAGCCGGACGCAAAAGGAGACGACCUCCAGGCGGAACAGGACGCAAAGGCAGACGAUGAAGAGCCAGCUGCGGCGUCGACGUCAACCCCUCAGGAGCCGUCGAAACAAGGCUUCACCGUUUUUGAGCUGCCGCCCGCCGACAGUCUGACCGCUGCCGGCUCCAGGCACGGCUCUCUCUGGGGCCAAGGCCAGAUGCCUAACGCGUUCCUCGGCUCCUCCCAAGCUCCCACGACCACGUCUCGACGCCUGGCCUGGCCCUACAUUAACAAGAUGCUCACCGCCAAAAAUGGUCCGAUGACUCGAAUGCCCUCCUGGGUGCGGACCUCAGAUACCUGCUCUUGUCUGGAUCCCGAACUCUCCAAUGGAUGUCGCAUGGACUCUGUCAAGUCGACGACGGACGUGGUCUUCCGUCUGUCGCUCCUGGUUCCCCCUGCGGUCGAGAGAUACAUUUCGUCGCAGGCCUCCAGCAGACAGCUCGAGCCGCCUUUCGCUGCCUUCUGCGCCUCAGUCGGCAUCUUCGUCUCUUCUUGGCAGCAACAUCUCGUUGCGGGAGGCCACGAGGAAAAGGGAGGCAACAUGGCGCACUCGACCUUGGCGGCCCGCUUGGCUCAAGGCCACAAGUACCUCUUGAAGAACUACUCGGACGACGGCUCCUCCGACCACAAGCACUGGCGCGAAAGGCGACGCAGAUUCAUUGCUUUUCAGAAACAUUACCUUUAUCGCCAGUGCCGGGCCCUGAUGGUCGCCGCCGGCAAUGUCGCGUACGCGCCUUAUAAAUCCAAGUCCUUCCCCGCUGCCUCCCUCUACGGCGGGAUCGCAAACACGUUGGACACGCCCUUUACGGACAAGGAGCGAGCUCUCCACGGCCUGACCGUUUGGAGCGAAAGGAUUCUGCGCCGCCACCGCAACAUCCUGCGGCGGGUCGGACGGGCAAUGCUGCGUCGUCCGCCUCAGGCUCCGAAAAUCGGUGCUCUGUUUGCCGCCAUGCACAUGUCCCACCUGUUCAAGGACUGCUUCAACAUGGCCGGCGGCAUUCUUCUCAGGACGUGGUACUACAUGCAUGUCGAAGGCUCCAAGCUUCUAGCCGAGGCAGGCCGCCUUCCGGGCGUCGGAUCCAUGCUCAGCGCAGUCAGCUUCGGCUUCGCAGGAGGCGUCGACGUGCGUGACAGUCUCUUUGCCCCAGCGUUCCGCGAGAUCUCCAAAGUGGUAACGCCCGUGUGGGAAUCCGACAGUCUCUUUACAUCGCUAGCUGCCUAUACCCCUGGAGGCGCCGUACGCGCUUCUCAAAGGCGGUCGAUCAAAUCCACGAGCUCUGGAGGAGCCGAGGGAGAGAAUGGGAAAGGGCAAGCGUCGCGCAGCGAGAGCGGUUCAGCAGAGAAUCUCCUAGACCCUGAAAAAGUCAUUGGCGAAGGCGGGUCUAUGCCUGUCCCAGCGUCGCUCCGCAAAAGUUCAUCUGACGACUCAUCCAGCUUUCUCUCGUUCGGCGAGGCCGUUCACGAUGAAGAGGAAGGCGCUUCAGGGCCAGCCAAGGGCAGUCGGAUCAUUGCCAGUUUCCGUUAUAAUCCUAAAACGUUCUCAGAUCCGAAUAGAGAGCUUAUGGUUGUAGACGUCCCUGUGCCGAUCUCUGCCGUGGAGCGGCGCAGCCUCACGUCCUUCACUUCCGACGGCGUUCUGCGCUUCAUCCAGCAGAAGCUCGCCUCGCUCCACUCGCAACUGAAGGUCCGGGGCGGGAAAUCGGAGAACGGCCCUCUUUCCCUUGUUCAGUUCCAGAAACAAGCAGGACGAAUCGCUGGAGAAGAAAAAGCAGUCGAGGCGGCAGGCAGCCGGAAGGCAGCAGCGACUGAGAGCAAUUCCAACAAGCAGUGCCACGAACAGACGUGGGAGAGCAGCCUUGUUGGAUUUCUGGCCGACCAACUAGACAAGGAUCUGAAGCGCAAUAAGGGCACUUCAACAAGCUAUCUGGAACUUGGGCACCUGUCCUUGCCAACAUUUUCCGCCGGAGCUUUCAUUUCCCGUGCGAUGAGAGACGGCUCCGCCGACACCGUCGUCGCUGUGCAAAUGCCCGAAGCUGGCGACGAUUCACACCUCAACCUGGAAGGCAGCACCCUGGACUUCAGCCGUCCAAUCUCUAUUGGGCACAUGUGA